GGUUUAAAUAGCCCAUCAGCUGUCGCGCUCGGAGGAUCUUCAUGGUCGAGCCCGAGCGCAGACACUGUGCGAGCUGAAGAUGGCGGACGGCACGAAAAUCAUCCUCAACUCCAGCGCCGGCGGCUUAGAGGCUGAGGAACCUCUGGCUAAAAGACUGAAGCUCGGGGAGGUGUUAAAGAGCAGGGACACGGCGGCCUCGGAGGAGGAAGAUAUGGGAAAAAUCGGUGGUGAGUCCGAGGCGACGGCGGAGCGGCAGCGGCCGGGAGAGGGGGUGCAAGGACAGGCCUCAGCGGCAUCAGGCGGAGACAAUGGGCUGCAGGACUCUGAACUACAGGAGGGGCUGCAGGAGGAGGAGGAGGAGGAGGAGGAGGAACUCAACGGGGUUUCUGCCACAGAGCGAGCAGAUGGAACACCCCAGAAUGAGGAUAUCCUCCUGAAUGGGUUCGAUUCAUAUGACUGUGAUGACGAUGAUACAUCAUCACAUGCAAGUUCGAGUGAUUGGACUCCACAACCUCAGAUAGGUUCGUAUAGUUUUAUUCAGCAGCAUAUUAUGAGGGAGACAGACCCGCGGACCAUCUUGAAAGACCUUCUCCCAGGAACUGUGCUUCCACCUGACCUGGAUGAUAUGACUCUCUGGCAGAUUGUGAUUAAUAUAUCGGAACCUCCAAAAAGAAAGAAACGGAAAGACAUCAAUACAAUGGAAGAUGUUGUCAGGCUGCUGCAAGAAUGUAAAAAAAUUAUGGUUUUGACUGGAGCUGGGGUUUCUGUGUCCUGUGGAAUACCUGACUUUAGAUCCCGUGAUGGUAUUUAUGCACGUCUUGCAAUAGAUUUCCCUGACCUUCCAGAUCCACAAGCAAUGUUUGAUAUUGAAUACUUUAGAAAGGACCCUCGGCCAUUUUUUAAAUUUGCAAAGGAAAUCUAUCCAGGACAGUUCCAGCCAUCUCCAUGUCACAGGUUCAUUGCAAUGUUGGAUAAACAGGCAAAGCUUCUUCAGAAUUAUACUCAGAACAUUGACACACUGGAACAGGUGGCUGGAGUCCAGAGGAUCAUUCAGUGCCAUGGCUCUUUUGCAACAGCAUCAUGCCUGACCUGCAAAUAUAAGGUUGACAGUGAAGCUGUUAGGGAAGAUAUAUUUAAUCAGGUUGUGCCUCGAUGCCCCAGAUGUCCACCUGAUCUGCCUCUCGCCAUCAUGAAACCAGAUAUUGUAUUCUUUGGAGAGAAUUUACCAGAACAGUUUCACAGGGCCAUGAAGCAUGACAAAGAUGAGGUUGACCUCCUGAUUGUCAUAGGGUCAUCACUGAAAGUACGACCAGUGGCUCUUAUUCCAAACUCCAUUCCCCAUGAAGUACCUCAGAUUCUAAUCAACAGAGAACAGUUACACCACCUUAACUUCGAUGUAGAAUUGCUUGGAGAUUGCGAUGUUAUUAUCAAUGAACUAUGCCAUAGGUUGGGUGGAGAUUAUGAGCAACUAUGCUACAACCCUUUAAGACUUUCAGAGAUCGCAGAAAAGCCCCCUCGUGCGAUCAAAGAGUCCAAACUACAGUUCACUGACCUACCACAUACCCCCCUUGAACUUACAGAAGACUCCAGUUCCUUGGAACAAACUAGUGAGCACACUUAUACCUCCAAGCAAGCUUCCGAAGAAACAGCAGGAGCUCAGCAAUCAAACCAUGUAGGGUCUACCUCUGAGCUCCCACAAGCUAGCGCUACAGAAAACCCUCCACAGAACAGGACUGAAAUUGUUGAAGGAAAUGCAAAAACUGAUAUGGGGGAUUUGUUAACAAAGAAUGAGGAGUGUCCAGAGUCAGGUGAAAAUAAAUCAGAUCUUGAAAUUCUCCGAAGAUGCUGGCUGAGUAGAUUUGCAAAAGAACCAAUCAGCAAGCGCCUUGACAAUUCUCAAUACCUGUUUCAAGCACCAAAUCACUACAUUUUCCACGGAGCUGAGGUAUACUCCAAUUCAGAGGAUGAGUCCUCGAGUUCCUGUGUCAGUCACAGUGACAACGAGUCAUGCUGCAGCCCUGGAGAUGAGGGAGAGGACGAUAGCGAAGGAGAAGAGUUCUAUCGCAGAGUCGAAGAGGACGGUUCAGAAGAUGACGACUGCUUCAGAGAUGGCAGAGAAGAAUUGGAAGCAGAAACAAAUGACUUUAUAGACAUGCUGAGGAAUCAGAAAGACAAUAAACCUGACGAUAUUAAACAUGUGACACAAAUGUAAAAACAUGUAAUGCCUACAUUUAUUUGCUACUUGUCCACCAGCAAUAGCAGUCAGUGGACAGGAACAAAGGAUGCUGUCCUGAAUUUUUUUUUUUUUUGAGGAGAUUGAUUUAUAGAUUUUUUUUGGGGGUGGUAUUUAAAUUUUGGGCUAUGCUCUCACAUUUGGUCAACUUAUGUUUUCCAGCAAGGUUCUGCACUUCCGAAGUUUUGUUGUAUACCCCUUAUAAUUGUACCCAUGCUGUUGGACAACAGAUUCUUAAAAUGUUCUUUCAGACACUUGAACUUUGCAGUUUUAAAAAAAAAAAAAAGCCACUGAUUGGUAACGGGAUGAAAAAAGGGAACAGAAGACCAAAGAACAGGAGUUUUUUUUUUUUUCUUUCUUUCUUCCCACAUCCACAAAUUAACUUAUGUUAGAAGUAAAUGUGUUGCUUUUGCUCUUUUGAACUUCUUCCAAAAAUAUGUUGAAUGAAACACUGGCAUUUAUUUCUAAAGACUUACUCUGGCAGCUACUUUUUAUGGUAAAUAGUGUAGCAGUAGUGUUAUUUUUGUAUUUUGUAAUACUUUUAAUUCAUACUCAGUGUUCGUACUAUAGGCGACAAAGAAAUAGCACUUGGAGUAUGUAAACAUUUUACGCUUUACACAAAACAGUGACAGUGCAUCAUUGAGCACUGGCUUGGCUUUUUAUUUUAACACAGAAAUGAUUUUCUUCCUGUGGAAAUGCAGUAAUAAUUUGAAUGUUUUAAGAGUGUAAAGAAAUACUUUAGACUGGGAUCUGAUUCAUCAAGCUAAGCUAGUACGAAUAAUUAGAAAUGUAAAUUGUUGUGGAAACAUGUGCCUGCUUUCUAAACUUUUAUUAAUAAUGUUGGUGGCUGUAAAUUUUGGUUUAAGAAUGGCCGUCACUGUGGUACAGCUCGUAUAAGCAUUAUUAAGUAUGCCUUUCCAUGAAGCAUUUACACUGCCAAAAUGUGAAUUAGACAAGAAUUUUUUUUGUGUGUGUGUGUAUGUGU